CCUACUGCUGAUCAUUCACGCAUAGCUCCACAUGAAAUGAUAAACAUUCAUAUGUUCAAGCUCAAAUGAUUUUAGGCUAAGGAACAUUCACGCGUCACCCAUCACCGGCUAACUGAGGGAAAGGAUUGUUCGCUUAUUGCAGUGUAUCUCUCGUCUGUGCUGUAAAACUCGCCAUUUUGUAACGGAAUCGAGUAGUUCUAUCAUAACAACAAUACAGUAGUAACCGAUGAUGACGGAUAACGAGGAGAGGAUUGUGUUGUCAGACCCAUCGGAAUAUCGCCCGGAGUAUAAAGACAAGAGGAACUACCGAGAGUUUGAUAUACAUAACUCUCCCACCCGUGUUGUAAACACAUACAAGACUAUGCAUACCCGACAAACCCUGGCCUAUGUGCGCGAAAAAAUAGAACAUUACACAAAAUUCAGUCAUGCCGAAAUGACAAUGAUGGAAGCGAUUAAUUCAUUGGAUGCCUUCAUGGACGAAAGUGAUCCCGAUGUGGACAUUCCGAACUCCCUUCACGCAUACCAGACCGCGGAAGCAAUCCGAAAAGCACAUCCGGACAAGGACUGGUUUCAUGUGGUGGGAUUAAUUCACGAUGCAGGGAAGGUGAUGGCCCAUUGGGGGGAGCCUCAGUGGUCCACAGUUGGUGAUACAUUUCCGGUAGGUUGUUAUCCGGAUGAAAGCAUUGUUUUCGGGACAGAAAGCUUCAAGGAUAACCCCGACCUUCAGGAUGAAAAGCUCAAUUCUAAAUUGGGAAUGUACACAGAAAACUGUGGUCUCAGUAACGUGACUAUGUCUUGGGGCCACGAUGAAUAUUUGUACCGAGUGCUAACCUCUGACCUUAACAAGUGCUAUCUUCCAGAAGAAGCGUUGUAUAUGAUCAGGUUCCAUUCCUUCUAUCCUUGGCACACCUCCGGAGCCUAUGAUUAUCUUUGUAACAACAAGGACAAUGAGAUGAUGACCUGGGUCAAUGAGUUUAAUCAAUUUGACCUUUAUACCAAGUCUCCUAUUCCACCCGAUGUUGAGAAACUGCAGACAUACUACAGCAGUCUUAUGGACAAAUAUAUUCCAGGAAAGGUGAAAUGGUAAAGCUGGAGAUACAUAUUCAACACUGAAUACGGAUAUGCAGCGUCGAGUGAAUUACCUGAGGGUGUCUGAGAUGAACAACAUCAUUACAAACACCACUCUGUUUUCACACAUAAGUGCUUUAUCAUACUAGUUCUGGAGUAUAGUCAAUUAUCUAUAAUGCUGGCAUAGCACGGAAUGUUUUACCAUGUAUAGACAAGACAUUAUGGGAUUGACAUAUUUAGAAAAUUGGAGUAAGCAUCUUACCGGUGAACGAAAUGUGACGUAUUCCCAGGGAUCAAUCGUAGACUUGUUAUUCCCUUACAAUUUAUUUUACUAAGGAAGAUAGUUUCCAGGCUCAUUUUAAAGUUUUAUUUUUUAUAUAUAAAUUUGCACGUACUUAUAUUGUUAACCUGCUGUGAUUAUAACACUGCUCAAGUUAUAGUACAUUGCCCUCAGGAAGAUUAAAUCAUUUUAUAUACAACUGAUGUGGGCCAAAACAGCUAUUAUGGAAAAUAAUCAGGAAUAUUGUAACAGCUUAAUACAUAAUAUGUAGAGAGUGUCUUGGUCCCCGGAUGUAGGCGACGUAAAGGGUGAUUCAAUUAACAUCCCUAUAUACAUUCCAUUAUUGUCUAUCAUGAUGACGUGAAGGGUCUAAUUUUUGAAGUACUAGAUUUAUGAAGUGCAAGACGAUACUAUCAAUAAUACAAAAUUUUAGAAUAUGUUCUGUUGUGAUUUUAUUGUUUUUUGUUUGAUAAACAUAUUGAACAGUCUUAUCUUUUGACCGACUUGUUUUAGAGAAUACAUUGAUAAAGAUAAUAUCAUUAUUAGAUUUAUAUGCAGUUUAUGACAUGAAAUUGGUGCAUUCAUUGAAUAAAGUUGCUUAUUAGUAUAGAAAAGAAUAAUGUACGAUUUUAGCAUGUUUUCUUAUUUAUUAUUUGUAUUUAAAUUUGGAGGAGAUGAUUUAACAAAGAGAUUGUUUCAAUUAAUUAGUUUUAUGUAGUUGAUACGAACGGAGCUGACAAGUUUGUAAAUAAACCGGAAGGAAGCUUUGUAUUAAUUAAA